UUUUUAUUCAAAAAAAUUGCUGAGAAUGAGUUACCAACUUCAACCAAAGCCUCUUUAAUUAUGUAAUAAUAUGUAAUAUUUUUAUAGUUUAUUACUUACCUUAUAUUCAUCAACUUGCUAUGCCAAUGGUCCCUUAAUAUCCAAUUUGCAAUUUUCCUUAGCAAAUAAGUCCAAUUUAUUAUCCAUCAGCUCCUGGAAACUCAUAAGAUAAUUGUAUUAUUAUAGAAGAUGAUAAUGUAAGUUUAUAAUUAGUAAUUUGUAUAUAGAUACAGCACCCACUGAACUAAAUUCACUCAGUAGUGAUACAACCAUAAACUAAUAGAGAAUCAAUCAUCCUUUAAGAUUAGGUUAUGCAAUAAGAAUAAUCAACAUUAAAAAUAACACACUAAAAUAACAAUUUGAAUGAAAAUGAACCUCAUAUUCGAAUUACUGUAUUUAAAUAACAUUCAAGUUAAAAUGAUUAAGAAUUUAUACUUUAAAAUGAUAGGUAUUGUUAUUUAUAAUCAUUUAGAAUUUUGGGAUCUAAUUAUAAAAAAGAAAUAAUAAUUGGAAGAAAUAAACAAUAAGAUGAUAAAUAAGAUAAUUGUGACAUAUGUAUUUCAUUUUAUUAAUCAUUUAAGAUUUACCACAUGGUGAUAAGAAUGUUGAAAAAGUUCAUUGUAAAAUUUUAACAGAUAAAGGAUUUGCUUUCUCAAAUACUCUUACUAAACCUCUUCUCCUAUUCUUUUCUCUCUUUAGGAAUUAUCCACAUGCAUCCAAACUACCUUUUUCAGUUGUUAAGCAUAUCUAUUCUUUUAUUAAGUAAUUCUAAUUAUAAUUAUUAGAAAUAAACCUUAAUUUUAUAUAAGUGAUAAUGGAACUCGGACUGGUACUUUUAUGAAAAUAAAAAAAGAUUAAAUUAAAAAUAUUGAAUUAGAAAAUACAUAUUUAAUAGGUGCAGAUACUUUUUUCAAUGUUUUGGAAAUGAAAUCUAAACCUAAAUAAAUAAAAUCUAAAAAAGUCAAAGAUUAAAAUUAUUUCUUUAAUGCUUUGGCUAAAGAACAUUUAAGAAAAGGAGCUAAAAUUCAUGGAUUAACAAUAGAAGAAACUGAAAUGUUCAAUAUAACUUUAAAUGAAAUUAAAACUACUAAAUAAAAAUCAAGAACUGCAUAAAAAUUAAGUGAAUAUGAUAGACCUUAUUUAAAAAUUACAUUCGAUAAUUCAGCAAUUCAUUAAAUAUAAAAUCAUAUUUUUAUUGCUAACUACAAUUAAGAAUCUGUAUACAAAAUUGGUAGAUCUUAAGAGUGUGAUGUUUUAGUUAAUAUUAAUACAGUCUCAAGAAGAUAAGCAUAAAUUAUUUAUAAAAAUAAUGAGUAUUUAAAUAUAAUCUAUUUAUUAGAUGGUUUAUUCAUGAUGGAGAAGGAUUCAGAGAAUCAGCUAAUGGAACUUGGCAAUCACUUCAAAAUUUUUCCUAAAGAUAUCAUGAAAAAAAACAAUAAAGCAAACCACAAUUAAUUGAAGAUUAAAUGGAAAUUAAAAUAAGUGAAAAUAUCAUCAAAUUUGAUUUUGUUAAUUUUGGUGUUACUAAGAAGUAAUUAAUUUAUUAUAUUUUAGACGCAAACUAAAUAAAGCAUUAAUUAACGAUCUACUUAAUCUAUAGUGA